CCAGACGUCACGUGGUACCCUUCAACUGGCGCGCCAGAUUCGUGUAGCGCGCGAAAUCUUCAUUUUUUGUGUACAUUUCAAUUCUGUGUAUGUUGUGCGUGCAGUAUUUGUUGUGUUACUUACACACAUGUCUCGACUUCUGGAGGCAAGCCUCUGCUUCAUUUCCGAGCAAGUUUCUCGUGUUUUUGGCCAAAAAGACCAGAGAUCUUCAUCUGAAGAAAUGUUUGAGCAGGAUCAACAGCAUUUUGAGAGCAGGAUUGAAUGUGGCAUCUGCUUGCAGCCACGCCUGGAGAUGGUGACUGGGAAAUGCCAGCAUAGAUUCUGUGUAAGAUGCAUGUAUGACAGCAAGGAAACAAGAAGGGAGGGAAUGAAAAAAUGUCCAUCUUGUCAACAAGAUUCUGCGUUUCCAAAUGUCCGUCCUGUGAUUCCUGAAGACUCGAUUGAAAUCCAAAGGGCAUUGGGAGUACGGAAAUGUGAGAGAUGCGGAGAUGAGAUGUGGAUAAGGGAGCUUCUUGAUCACCAGAGAACCUGUAUGGAAUCUCCAAUUCCCACCACGGACAAUGGCAAAAGAAGACAAAAGAAGUCUCUCAGCUCUGGUAAACGUGAUGGCCAUGUUCGUAAGCGUACCCGUUCAUCCAAAAAGGGAUACGAGGUCAAGAGUUUGUUGGAUGACCUUGGGUCAAAGGUUACAACACGGAGCAGCAGGACUCCUCGUCUGCAUGACCUUGAUCGUGGGAUGUCUGGACAUUCGCGGCAAGCCGCGCGGCAAGCUGCAAGAAAGGGGAAGCAGAAAACAUGACGAUAACUCGAAAGAAGUGUAAUUUUCUGGAUAAAGAAAUGAAGUUGAAUCAAACUGUUGGUCAAGCUGAAUUGGAUGAAUCAAUGGAAUGGCUGCAUCAAAUCAUUUGCCAAGCUUAUUCACCGAGAGCAAAGAUCCUGCCUACCGGUACUUUUUUUUUUGGGGGGGUUCUGUACCUUAAAUGAAAGUUGAAAUGCAGUUUGUAAGAAUUGACAUUUUGAUCCAAGUGCAAGUAGAAAUUAAUCGCAGCAAAAUUCAUGUUGUAGCCUUCUUUGGCAGCCUUGGCAAGAAGCCCACAUCAGGAGGGCAGGGGAAUGGUUGAAAAGAUCUCCCUAGAACCAUUGCCGAUAUUAGCAGACACUCAAGGAGAGCAAGGCAGUUCGGGUGGGCUGCCAAGACAAUUACAUUGAUCCCUGUGAUUUAACCAUGGACCUACAAAGAGAUGGACAUUCAUCCGUUAGCUAAUGAGUUCACUAAUACGUGAUUUCCAUUAAUAAUAUUCUCUUCAUAAUCGCUGAUGUGGUUUACGGUACACCAUGUGGAGUGUUAUAGAAACAGUGGAUAGAAGGAGAAAAAGGAAUGGAUAGGUGAGAAAGUUGAGAUUGAGAGUAGAGUAUUCUUUCUUUAAUGUAGUCCUGAAAAGGACUGUAAACCAGAAGAGAU